GCGCCGCCUCAUUCCACCUCCACCAAGCCUUGCUUUCUUUCUCCUUGCAUCCGGAGAAAGGGAAUCCCCCAAUUCCAGUUUAGUAGCUCGUAGUUAGGGUUGAGCAGCCUCGACGAUGGCGGCACCGUGGUGGGACUCCGACUGGAAGGACCGGUCCGGGCCGGAGUACCGCUGCUUCGUGGGCAACCUCCCCUACGGCACAAGCGAGAGCUCCCUUAAGAACGCCUUCUCCAGCUACGGCCCCCUCUACUCCGAGAUCGCGGUGGAUCCUGAGACGGGGAGGUCCCGCGGCUUCGGCUUCGUGCAGUUCGACGACCAGAAGUCGAUGGACAACGCCAUCCAGGGCAUGAACGGCCAGCAGGUCGGCGGCCGCAACAUCACCGUCAGCCAGGCCAACCACCGUCCGCGCCGCUGGAGGGCGUGAUGAACGGCUGGCCGACCUGCCAUUUGCCCCGGCCUGCUGCGCGCGUACAUCAGACUAGUAGUUAUCAUCAUCCCCCAAUCGUUAGGCCUUCAGCUAAUUAGUACUAGUGGUGGUGGUUGUCUUCUAUCGUGCCAAGUAAUCCGAGUUUGCUGUGUCGUGAUGUUCUAGACCUGGUGUUGGUCGUCGUUGGUUUGUUAUGGAUUGUGUGCUCGAUCGAUGAGUUAUCUGUGUCGUCGUUGGGUCUAGUGAUGGAACCAGCUUGUUAAAAUGCAUGACUCUUGUGGGUGCUUGUGGAUCUGCGAGUGAGUACCCGUCUGGAGUACAGUAGCGACUGAUAAAACA